GGCGAGAGGUGGAAGGUCUCGUCCCACGCCUCGGUUCCCUUCCGGCAGUGUGCGGGACAGACCUAAGUGGGCACCUUCCCUGGCAUCAAGGCCCCCUGAUUCGCCGCUGGCUGGCUCCCGGCGCGAGCUCGCAUUCGCCCUCUCCCGUCCAAGAUGGUCGCCUCCCGGGCAAUUGGCAGCCUCCGCCGCCUGACGGCUUCCCGCGCCCGCCGCUUCACAGGUUAUACCUGCCGAAACUUUGCCCAGUCCCCAGCUGUGCUAACCAGGACCCAUGUUGACUAUACAAUCAAAGGAGAUGUGGCAGUUGUGCGGCUUAACUCGCCCAAUUCAAAGGUAAACACUUUGAAUAAAGAAUUAACAUCAGAUUUUGUAAAAGUCAUGAAUGAAAUAUGGAGUAGUGAUACAGUCAAAAGUGCUGUCAUUAUCUCUACAAAGCCAGGCUGCUUUAUUGCUGGUGCUGAUAUCAACAUGAUAGCUGCUUGCAAAACUGCUCAAGAAGUAACACAAUUAUCAAGAGAAGGACAACAAAUGUUGGAGAAACUUGAGAAGUCUCCAAAACCUAUUGUGGCUGCCAUCAGUGGGUCCUGCCUGGGAGGAGGACUUGAGCUUGCCAUUGCAUGUCAAUACAGAAUAGCAACAAAAGACAGAAAAACAGUAUUGGGAACCCCUGAAGUAUUGCUGGGAAUAUUGCCAGGGGCAGGAGGCACUCAAAGACUCCCCAAAAUGGUUGGGAUUCCUGCUGCCUUUGAUAUGAUGUUGACUGGUAGAAAUAUUCGUGCAGACAGAGCAAAGAGAAUGGGUCUGGUUGACCAAUUGGUGGAUCCUCUAGGACCAGGUUUGAAAUUACCAGAAGAUCGAACAGUUGAAUACCUAGAAGAAGUAGCAAUCAUCUUUGCAAAAGGACUGGCUGAUAAAAAGAUCUCUGGGAAGAGGGAAAAGGGACUGAUUGAUAUGGUAACAGCAUACGUCAUGUCUAUUCCAUUUGUGAGGCAACAGAUCUACAAAAAAGUUGAAGAAAAGGUACAGAAACAAACCAAAGGUCUUUACCCGGCUCCUCUGAAAAUAAUUGAUGUGGUGAAGACUGGACUUGAACAUGGAAAUGAAGCUGGCUACCUCUCUGAAUCUCAAAAAUUUGGUGAACUUGCGAUGACCAAAGAAUCUAAGGCUUUAGUUGGUCUCUACCAUGGUCAGGUUCUUUGCAAGAAGAAUAAGUUUGGAACUCCACAGAAGGCUGUUACGCAACUAUGUGUUCUUGGAGCUGGUCUUAUGGGAGCUGGCAUUGCCCAAGUCUCUGUGGAUAAAGGGCUAAAGACUAUACUCAAAGAUACUUCAAUAGCAGGGUUAGGAAGAGGACAGCAGCAAAUUUUCAAAGGGUUGGAUGAUAAAGUGAAGAAGAAGGCCCUAUCAUCAUUUGAAAGGGAUUCCAUUUACAGCAACAUGACUGGGCAGCUUGAUUAUCAGGGAUUUGAAAAGGCUGACAUGGUAAUUGAAGCCGUUUUUGAAGACAUCCAGCUUAAGCAUGCAGUUCUGAAGGAAGUUGAAUCAGUGGUUCCCUCUCAUUGUAUCUUUGCUAGUAACACAUCAGCUCUCCCAAUUGGUCAAAUUGCUUCAGUUAGCAAAAGACCUGAAAAGGUCAUUGGAAUGCACUACUUUUCUCCUGUGGACAAGAUGCAACUACUAGAGAUCAUUACAACAGAAAAAACUUCCAAGGACACAAUUGCCUCCGCAGUCUCAGUUGGUCUCAAGCAAGGGAAAGUGAUCAUUGUGGUUAAGGAUGGACCAGGCUUCUAUACCACCAGAUGUCUUACGCCCAUGAUGUCUGAAGUCAUCCGAAUUCUACAGGAAGGUGUUGAACCUAAGAAGUUGGAUAGCCUAACUACAAAUAUAGGCUUUCCCGUGGGUGCUGCCACACUUGUAGAUGAAGUUGGUAUUGAUGUGGCUCUGCAUGUUUCAACAGCGCUGACCAAAGCCUUUGGGGAACGCUUUGGAGGUGGAAACAUAGAACUGCUGAGACAAGUGGUCAACAGAGGUUUCUUGGGUCGCAAGUCUGGAAAGGGCUUUUACGUCUACCAGGAAGGAGUGAAGAGCAAGAGUUUGAAUUCUGCCAUGAAUGAAAUUCUGUCAAAUAUGAAGAUGUCUGCUCAGGCUGAAGUCUGUACCCCAGAAGAGAUCCAGUACCGAUUAUUGACAAGAUUUGUGAAUGAGGCAGUCAUGUGCCUACAAGAAGGUAUCCUGGCUUCCCCUGAAGAGGGAGACAUUGGCGCAGUCUUUGGCCUUGGCUUCCCACCAUGUCUUGGAGGUCCCUUCCGUUUCUCAGAUCUGUAUGGUGCUCAUAAGUUGGUGGACCGGAUGAAGAAAUAUGAGGCAAUCUAUGGAAACCAGUUCACCCCUUGCCAACUACUAAUUGAUCAUGCCAACAACCCUGGCAAAAAGUUUUAUCAGUGAGCAGGCGGGGUGUUCCCUUGUGCAAGACGUACACUUUACCCCUAGCUUGGAGGUAGUGCUAUCUCCAACUGUGCAGUGUCUAGAUUUGUCUGGGUAACUUGGUGGGAAAACACCCUCAACCUUUGCAUUCUAGCCCCUGGUAAAGUGCCUUAGGUUCUAACCAACCCUUGGUGGCUCCCAGUUCCACCAGCUAUGAAUUGGAUAUGUUGUACUUCAUUUCGGAAGAUGGAACUCACUGUACUCUAGAUUCUAACCCAAGCUGGUCCAUACAGCUAGAGCCACCUUUGCUGCCAGUAAUCUGCGAGGCCAGUGGCAGGACUGAUUCCUGCUAGAAUGACUCACAUCUAACAAUAAAACCAAACUUUAUAAGCCUC